AUGCUGGAGGGAGGGGGAGUGGGAGGAGCAGGGGCGGAGCUCCCAGAACAAAGGCGAAUGGGGAGCCCUGGGGGCCCAGGCUGGGUAUCAAAAAGGCUCUGCAGAGUGAGCAGGCCACAGCUCUGCACCCAGCAGCAGUCAGACAGCCUUCGCCUGGUCCCUCCAGCUUGCCAACAGCGGGCACCCAGCAACAGUCUGCUUAGAGAAGCCUUGCUCUCCAGCGUGAUUGCGCUGACACUGCUCUGUGGCUUUCUCUACCUGCUGUGGGUUGUUGCUGCCAUUCCAGAAGGGAGCAGAGGGAUGGCCGGGAGCGGAGUCAGGAGCCGGGAGCGUGCCUUCGUCCCAGAGCCUUUCGAUGGAGCCAGUGUGGCCCCACACCUCUGGCUGCAUCGCUUUGAGGUCAUCAACCACCUCAACCACUGGGACCACAUCACCAAGCUGAGGUUCCUGAAAGAGUCCCUCAGGGGAGACGCCCUGGGGGCCUUCAAUGGUCUCAGUCCCGAGGACCAGGAAAACUACGGGGCUGUGAAAGAGACCCUCCUGAAGACCUUCGGGGGGCCUGAGGCUGCCCACAGCCACCUGCCCAAGGAGAUCGUGUUUGCCAACAGCAUGGGUAAGGGCUACUACCUCAAAGGGAAAAUUGGCAAAGUGCCCGUGAGGUUCCUGGUGGACUCCGGGGCCCAGGUCUCCGUGGUCCACCCCAGCUUGUGGGAGGAGGUCACCGAUGGCGACUUGGAUACGCUGCGGCCCUUUGAAAAUGUGGUGAAAGUGGCCAACGGGGCCGAAAUGAAGAUCUUGGGCGUCUGGGAUACAGCAGUGUCCCUGGGCAAGCUGAAGCUGAAGGCAGCCUUCCUAGUGGCCAACGCGAGUGCAGAGGAAGCAAUCAUUGGCACCGACGUGCUCCAGGACCACAACGCCGUCCUGGACUUCGAGCACCGCACAUGCACACUUAAAGGGAAGAAGUUCCGCCUUCUGCCAGUGGGAGGGUCCCUGGAAGAUGAGUUCGACCUGGAGCUCAUAGAGGAGGAGCCCUCCUCAGAGGAGCGGGGGCAGCAGCUCUCUUGUUGA